CGAUGGACACGACGCACGAAGACUUGCAGGUUAGAAGGAGAGAAGCGCUUCACUGAUGCUGCUUUAUAUUUUUUUUCUUGUCUCUCUGCACAGCAUGAAGGGUCUGAUGCCUGCCCAUUCCCUGUGAUUGGCGCAAAAAUAAUUGCUUUUGUUAACAGCGACAAAGACUUGAAUUUUUGUAGAGGGGUUUACUUUUAUGCAGCCUGACAAAUACCCACGAUCCUACUCGGGGGACUGGCUCCUGCAGGGCCACAGCAGAGGCCCACUCUGCUCUGGGACCCCCUUUUUAAAUAAUAUAAACUAGCUAAAUUUAUUUAUUUUAUUUAUUUUUAAUUUUUUGGACUCUCUCCAUCUCUGGGCCCCCAGAAUCCACAGCUCCUUUAACCUCACUAACUAAAGCGCUGCCUGGACAAUGAGAGAGCAGGAUGAUCAAUCAGACUGCACUUAAUGUGGCUGCGCUCUGACAGCUGGUUUAUGACUUUUAGUGGUGCUGCACCGUGUGUUGUGUUUCUCAUGCCUUUCUCAAAACCACCAUUAUGAUAGGCUCACCUGACGUGGUGGCUUUCACUAAAGAGGAUGAGUAUGGCCAGACAAAUCCUGACCCCUGGGCACUACCCGAGGAGUUCUCCGUCCCCCUCUAUCCCCUGGCUGACUCCAACCCCUGGGCCAAAACCUCCUAUGCUAAGUUCACCAAAGACUUCAUCCUCAUCUCUGAGUUCUCUGAGCAGGUGGGCCCUCAGCCCCUCCUCACCAUUCCAGACGACCCAAAAGUCUGCGGCACCUUCGAUCUCAACUACUUCUCCCUGCGCAUCAUGUCAGUGGACUACCAGGCCUCCUUUGUCGGGCAUCCACCUGGCAGUGGCUACCCAAGGCUCAGCUUUGUGGAGGACUCAAGGGUGGUGCUGGGUGACUCGAAGGAGGGGGCAUUCGCCUACGUCCAUCACCUUACGCUCUAUGACCUGGAGGCGAGGGGCUUUGUGCGACCGUUCUGCAUGGCCUACGUUUCAGCAGAUGAGAGGAAAAUCAUGCUGCAGUUUCAGGAGCUGUCCCUCCGCUUCUCACAGGCCUCUGAGUGUCUGAAGGCUGGGAACAGGAGAGCCUUCGCCAAGGAACUGCAGAGGAAGCUUCGGGACCUUGAGUACACUCACUCUGUGCUGCAGAGGGAGGAGGGUCUACAGCGAGAGGCGGGGCCUCAGUGCAUGUACUCUGCUCAUGCUGUGGAAAAGGCCAAUGAGCUCGCUAAUGUGGAAAAGAGCAUCUAUGAACACAGAGACCUGCUGAGACAGAUCAGCUCCUUCCACUGCCGCCCGCGCCGAGAUCCUCACGCUGUCACCUGCCAGAAGUGUAUGAGCGAGUGCUUGAGUGAGUGUGAGGAGCUGUUAGACAAAUACGCCAAGCUUGCUAACCCCUUCAGUUACACUGACAAAGGGAGGAAGGGGGAGGAAGGGCAGGGUCAGAUUGAUGAUGAGGGAGGUGAAGACGAAGUGGAGGAGGACGAAGAUGAGAGUGUUAAACGCAGGCCGUCCUACACACCACAGCUGAUCAAAGCUAAGUCUGCCAAGUGUUUUGACAAGCGCCUGAAGACCCUCCAAGAGCUGUGUGACGAGACUUUCUAUGCUGCCACCGUGGAGCUCCUGAAGGAGACGGAAAGGAGUUUCCGAGGCGACCUGUGUUACCUUCACACACGCCGCCUGGACAAGUCUCUACGAAAGAGACAGAAAGUUACCAACUUCCUGUUUGAGGAGGACCUCGGUGAUGAUGAUGAGGAUGAAGGAGGAACACUAAGACCAUUCUGUGCUGUGAACCAUGCUGUAGACAACUGUACACUCUUAAAUCCACCUCCUAUUGUGCUAGGACCAGAACCUCUAGAGCUAGACUCAUUGGAGCCUCCAGAUCCUCUAGACCCCGCCUCUGAGACCAGCCAUACUCAGGAGAGUGAGCUUGGGCUUGGGGAGAGCCAUCUGGAAUCGUCCCCAUCGGACCAGACUCUGGAGACCCAGGAGAGCUCUGAGGAGACCAAAGGAAGCUUCAGCAGCGAUAAAAGCGGAAUGGGUACAGCAGAGAAGCAACAAAGUCUUGCUAGUGUGAGGUCGGAGCCUCCUGAUCCUGAUUCUGACUUGACCCCUGACCACAACACUGACCUAGAAAGGGAGAGCAGCAGUGAAGAGAUGGAGACCACUGCAGGGGAGGACGAUGGUGACAAUGGGGGAGACCAGACACCUGUGUCUCUGCUGGAAGUGGUGUCUGAGCUGGAGGCCAGCAGGGAGGAUGACUGUGAGAGAGUAAGUGAUGGGGCUUGUGAGAUGGAGUCUGACUUGUUGGUUCCUAUAGACACUGCAUGCUGUAUGGCUCAGGAGGGUUUCCUUUAUGAGGCAUCUGCUCCAGAGGCAGAUCCUCAUCUGGGCCAAAGCUCCUACCAUCAGACUUCUCAAAGCCUGGUGGUCAACCAGGAGCCCCAGGCCCUUCUUCCACUCCAGGACGACUAUGCCGUGGGUUCUCCAUGCUCAGAAAGCCCUGCAGCAGCUGGGCUGGAGCUACCUGUAGGGCUCCUAGGAGAUGCAGUUUCCCGUACCUCCGCGGAGGAUGGGUCAGACUGUACCAUGAGCGCUUCUACAGGGUCUGAUCGGGCUGCCUCACCACUCGGCUAUGGUGGGGUUGUGACCCUGCGUCAGAGGAAGAAGGCUGGACAAGGAGCCCUGAGGUUCGUGCGACAGUAUCCCUUUGCCAUACAAGCUCUGUGGUGCCUGCUGAGUGGCAGAACCCUGGUGGUGCUCGGGGCAGAUGAGGGAAGAGUCCGCCGGUUGGUUGCUGCUCUUGCCCUCUUUGUGCCUGGCCCUGGGAAGUGUGGCGAGAGGGUUCAAGCCUGGCUGUCCUGCCCUUUCACCCUGACCGACCUGCAGAGGUGGAAACUCAUUGGAUUGCAAAGAGUGGCGUCCCCAGUCGGUUCCAGCAUGCUUUACUCACUGUCCCGCUACAGUCGCUACAUCUCCAUCCUUGAUGCCGACCAGAAGACUUUGCGCUGCCCACCGUAUCGCGGCCAACUACUUGCCAACAUAGCCGACCACCGCACCUACAUCCGCCGUGGCUCCACCUACUUCCUUCAUUUACAGAGCACCCUCUGUCGCCUGGCAGCCAAGGCCUUCUUGUUUACCUUCACCCACCACCUCCACCUGCCAGUCAGCUCCACAGAGGGGCCCGAGGUUGUAGAGGGCCGACGCCACUGCUUCCUGCAGGAGCAGCUGGGGCUGGGUGAGGAGGAUAGCCAGAUACUGCUCUACCUCAGCCAGCUCAUCACUCAGCGGUACCUACAGCCUGCCACCGGGAGCAGUGCAGCAGCACCUUGUUUUAGUUUUAAUUACACCACCAGCGUUUUAUACAAAAUCUAAUAUUCUUCUGGGAGGAGGAUUCUCACACACAUUUUAGCAGAAAUCAUCUGUGACCCUUUGGUUUUUAUUGGACCAAAGGUGAUAAAGGUCUAAAAGGUAAUAAGGUCUAAAGUCAUUUUAGUUUCAGGACAAUCUCUGCACUGGUUAUUGUUUUUUCUGCUUUUCUGUCUUUCUCUUUGCUCUUGCCAUUUCCUCCGUGUGCAGGGAAAAGGAGGCAGAGCGAGUUGUGAAUGUCAGGGAGUGGUUUAGAUCCGUGUAUUUGGUCCAGAGCAUGUUGACACUCACAAGCACACACAUGACAGAGGAGACAGAGGUCUUUUCCACCUCUUCUGUGGAAGAAAAUGUUACAUGCAAUCAGCAACUUGUUUGAGGUAACACACACACACACACACACAUAUUUCAUAUUGCAAAAUUCAAUCCAACAUGGCUGUCUCUGUGUCAGAAGUGCUGGUCCAACCUCAGCCAGCUCACUAACAUGUUAAUUCACAGCUCUGUGUUAACACCCACCAAUCACCGAGCAGUUUCUCAGCUAUGAUAUCAUCUCAGCUAUAUGUGAACUUGUUUUUCAGCAUUACUGUGACAUUUCCUGCUUGUGGCAAACAGACGGCCCUCUGAAUAUGUUCGUGAAACCUUAUUAGCGCCAUGCAGGCUUGUUACAGCUGGUUUUGUGACAUGCUUCUCUCUUUGAAAACGACAAUAUUAUGUCCAAAGACCAACACUUUUCUGAAGCCUACCCUUUUCAUAUUUCUGUUUCACUCACCAGCACUUUCAGUUUUGAUUUUCGUGAUUGACUUUUAACACACAUUCCUGCAGUAACGAGUGUUUCUGAGGAGUCACAAUGUUGGAUUUUAACUGAGUAGAUUUGACUUUUGAGAGCAUGGAGUAAACAUUCCCAGAGGCUGCUUUCGGGUUGUGAUGCAUGAGAAAGUGUAUUUGCUGUGUGAAUUAGAUCCAGUCGGCUCCACAUGAUGUUGCAUGUCCAGAGAAAUAAUGUCAUCGCGCACAUACUCACCCAUGUAGGGGCCAGCAGCAGACAAAAGCUGCCAUUGCUCACUGCUGGCCAGAAUUUUCAUGGAUAUUACUCACACAGUCAGGAACAUUUUAAAGCUUCUUAACCUAAAUGUAUUGAAGUUCACUGUUGUCUUAAAGUUGUGUGAGAGUGUUGUGGUGUCAGCAUGAGACUGUCUUGUGCCAGGGUGAAUCACCGUAUCGAUAAUGUUUCUGUUUUUCUUAUAUUUGAAGGAAAUGACUUGGACAAGAUGCUGAACAGUUUGAGGAGGUGUCGCUGAGAUGGUGAUGUUGUGUUUGUAUAGAUUUCAUCAUGGGAAAAAUGAAUUCCCUGCUCCAUCAAAAGCAAAACUGAAGUUUGACACUUGAUUUAGGGUAGUAGUUUUUUUUUUUUUUUUUGACCUCAGCGAUCCUUUCUGGAUGUGUGCUAUGAACAAAAUUCAACUACUCUAUAUUUAUUGCUUUUGGGCAAAAUUUGGAUCAUGAUCAUUAUGCUGAGAACACCCAGAUUUUCUUUGUGGAGUAGUCUGAAGAAUUGCAAACGUAGGAAAUCUUUGGCCAGUGAAAUCACACUAAAGUAGUGUCUUGUAUUGUAAAUUUUCCUGUUCCUCAUUCUGUGGCGUCAGUGACGGAGCUGUGAUACUUUAUCUAGAAUGGUAACUGUACUUGUGACUGCAUGGUGAGAGUUUUAGUGUGAAAGGUCAGACAAUGUGGGAUCAUGGCUGCCGUCCUUCCUGUUACGAACAAAAAAAUUUUUUGUUGUUAUUUUAACUCACGCUUUUAACUACUAACAACAACCUCGCAUUUUCAGUUCCACCUAAUGUAUUAUUUCAGUUUAGUGCAGUUUGGACUUGGUACAUGUUACAUCUUUUUGUUUUGCACAGCUUGAAUAUUACAUUGUUCUGCUCAGAUAUUACGACUCUUUUUUUUUUAGCUAUUGUCCCUCUAAUGCAAAAAGGUGAAUGUAAUCUGAAUAAGCCAUACCGCAGUGUGCUUAACAUGUCGUCACUCAGUGUCCUUAUGUUGCCAUAUCAUGUCUACCUUUUGUAUCUUAUCAUGAGGGGGCGUUGUGUGAUCUUCAGCCCUGUACGACGGCGGUGUUGCCAGUUAUUUUAAUAAAGCACGUUGUGAAUGUCUUGAUGCUUUUAUGUUAUGUUGAUGAUGUUCAUUUACUCCAUUAAAUUAUUUGAAUCCCCUUUAUUUUUUGCAUUGAUGCCUGGUUCACACAGGGAGGUAUGUGAUGAUGUUGAUGAUGCUGAAUCUCACUGUGAGAUAUGAGAAGAACAGACCAAUGCA